AUACAAAGUGUUUUGAUUUUGAAAAAAUUCAAAUCAAAACAAAAAUUAAACCAAAAAUACAAUUGAAAUAAACGUCACGUUUGUUUGGCAACCGUUUAACCGUCGCUGAGAUAAUCAAAUUGAUCCCAAAUCGGUUGUCAACGCGUGCAUCCAUUGUGUCUCUACUGUAUCGAUGCGAUUGGCAAACACCUGAAGAAGUGGUGGAUAUGAUGGACAGCGACGGCAGCGGUGGUCAGAGGGUUGAGAAGUCGCUGUCGUAUACCAUACACGCGGUGUCCAGUUAUGCGCAGAGCUAUCACCCGAACCGUAUAUUAGAAGACAAUCCGAACGACCCGUCGUCGCGAUGGUGCUCAGAGUCAGCGGUUCCGCCACAGUUCCUGACACUGAAGCUGAAGCGGACGGCUAUAGUGACGGAAAUCCUGUUCGGAAAGCACCGGAAGUCUCACGUCUGUAACGUCAAGAGAGUCAAAGUGUUUGGCGGUAUGUCUGAGGAGUCGAUGAUAGAGCUGAUGGACGACAUACUGACCAACGAUAGCACUGCCGAGUCGUUCCCACUGAAGCACCGCAUCCACAACAAUGACUUCCCCUGUCGUUACGUUAAGAUACAACCCCUUCAGGGCUGGAGUUGGCCUACAAAAGAGGGUCGCAAUCGGAACGGCACUCACUAUAACUUCACGCUAUGGUAUGUGGAGCUCCGGGGUAUCGACGACUGCACACUAGUCAAGGAUUGCCUACAAUGGCUAACAGAGUACAGGCAACGGGAGGCCAUACGGCUCUGUCUGAAGCAUUUGCGCCAAAAGAACUGUUCGGAAGCGUUCGAGUCGUUGCAGAAGCGGACGAGGAUUCAGUUGGAGGACCGGCUGCUCACGAGACUCCAUGAGCUGCUGGUCAUUGAAGGGGCGUUCGACCCGUGCGAGCGCCUACUGGAGGAGGCGUGCGAUCGCCGACUAUUCGACACGUAUAUCAGGCGACAGGACUACCGGCCCAUAUGGAAGCAGUUAAUGCCGGCGCCAGGCCCUAGUGGGAGGCCCGGUAGGCAACCAGGUAUGCGGGGCGGCCAUCAAAUGUGUAUAGACCCGUACGGACAAGUGAUUUAUCUGUUCGGCGGUUGGGAUGGAAGUCAAGAUUUGGCCGAUUUGUGGUCCUAUAGUAUUACUGAGCGCGAGUGGACCUGUAUUUCGGUGAAUACCGGACUGGAAGGCGGACCCACAGCCCGUUCCUGUCAUAAGAUGUGUUUGGAUCCGAUCCGCAAAAGGAUAUACACGUUGGGCCGGUAUCUCGACUCCAGUAUCCGAUCUGUAGAUAACUUAAAGGUNCCAACCUGA